AUGGACAGAUUGUUGACGGUUUUUGGAGCAGCAGCGACACAGUAUGAUGGUGGAUUGAAUCCGGGUGGAGGACCGACCGGACAAGGUUAUGAUGGUGCUAUAUAUCAAGGUGGUGGAUCAGGUUUCGUUAAGCCAACUUAUGGUGUCGAUCCACUCAGCGCUCUUCUUGCCAAAGCCCGUGAUUCGAACUUUCAAAUCCAAUUUGUAACCAGACAGACCGAUUUUGAUACUGUCAGUUCACUUGCUUCUGCGCCACUUUGUCUCGUCUUCAUCAGUCUUCCAUCAGUUUCAUUUGUUUUAUUAAAUGAAACAAGUCAACAAAUAAGACAACCUGCUUCCGAUGUUACUUCUAUCCUUACAUCGAAUGAUCAAGGAAAAUGCUUUUUUCCUUAUAAAAUUAAUUCAUUUGAUAUGUUUUUCUGUUUAAAAACUGAUCCUGAUCUUCCAGCAACAUGUCCUAUUGAACAUGAAAAUGGUCCUAAAAUAAAUUGUAGUGAAGGCGAAUAUGGAUAUGAAAAAUUUGAAGAAAACCAAAUAGGAUCUCGUUCUUAUGAAUUAGAAUCACUUCCAAUUUUAUCAAUUGGUCAUCAUUGUAUACGAUUAUUUUAUUAUUUUUCUGAUGGAAAUUCAAAUGGAACUAUUCGAAUUAUCUUAGAAGAUUCCCAAACACGUCAAAACCAAACUAUUCUCACAGUUUCAUCAUAUGUAGCUAACAAAUGGCAUGAAAUCAGACAAAAUUUUCAAAUAUUUAAUUCAAUUUCCAAUAUGUUUUUUAUAUUCGAACGUGGUUCUUCAAAUGCAGAGUCAUUUUAUAUUGCUAUUGAUGAAAUAACUCUUAUUGAUCUUUAUUGUGAACCCAUCAGUACAAUAACAACGACACCACCACCACCAACAACAACAAUAACAGCGAUAACAGUAACAACAACCACAAUAACGGACAAAUUAACGAGUUUAACAAUGCCGGUGACUAGUACAACAGUAACAAGCACAACAAGUUCGACUGUUGGAAACAAUAGUAGUGUCAUGCUUACUACAACUAAUCUGGCUAAUGUGAAUAAAAGCACAUCAAGUGUUAUUAAUACAAUCAAUUCGACUCUUUUAACAACUCGUAUCACUACAAGCACUACAGUUUUGUCAAUGAAUAGUACAAUAAAUAUAAUGACAAGCAUCAGUACAACAAUGAAUCGAAUUAAUUCUACAAUAAUUAGUUCAACAUUGAGUUCAUCAUCAAAAGAUCGAUUAUCUUUUAAAAUUGAAGUCAGUGUUUUAUUGGUUAAUUUUAUGCUAUUUUCAUUUCGACAUUAA